AUGGCUAUCAGAGUUCAAGAUACAGCCUCCGAGACUGCCUCUGCUGUGCACUGCAGCGAGCUUGAAGAAGUUCAGCUCCUGGAGCCUGUCUGCCACCAACUGUUUGAGCUCUAUCGUAGCUCUGAAGUCCGACUUAAGAGAUUCACACUGCAGUUCCUGCCUGAAUUGAUAUGGGUUUACUUGCGACUUACAGUUAGUCGAGACAGACAGAGUAAUGGCUGCAUUGAAGCACUUCUCCUAGGAAUUUAUAAUUUGGAAAUUGCUGAUAAAGAUGGAAACAAUAAAGUGCUGUCUUUCACUAUUCCUUCCUUAUCCAAGCCUUCAAUAUACCAUGAACCCUCAACAAUUGGAUCCAUGGCUUUGACGGAAGGGGCCUUAUGUCAGCAUGAUCUCAUCAAAGUUGUUUAUAGUGACCUUCAUCCUCAGAGAGAAACAUUCACUGCACAGAACCGGUUCGAAGUCCUGAGUUUUCUCAUGCUGUGCUAUAAUUCAGCAAUUGUGUAUAUGCCUGCUUCGUCCUACCAAUCUCUUUGUCGACUGGGCUCCAGGGUUUGUGUGAGUGGGUUCCCACGGCAACAUGAGAAACAGUGGAAGGAACUCUGUGGUCGAAUAGUAUUAGACCCUGAAUUUAUGGUGCAACUUCUCACAGGAGUUUACUAUGCCAUGUAUAAUGGACAGUGGGACCUUGGCCAGGAAGUACUUGAUGACAUCAUUUAUAGAGCUCAGCUAGAACUCUUUUCCCAGCCACUCUUGGUGGCUAAUGCCAUGAAAAACUCAUUACCAUUUGAUGCACCUGAUUCAUCACAAGAAGGCCAGAAAGUACUUAAAGUGGAAGUCACUCCAACAGUGCCGAGGAUUUCUCGGACUGCAAUUACCACAGCUUCAAUCCGCCGUCACAGAUGGAGAAGAGAAGAUGGCUUUGACUUCUCAAACGAGGCUGACUCGAGUAUUCCUGGCUCCCCGACCCAACACGGCUCCACUGACGUAGGGAUCAAACGUGUGCAAGAGGGGGAGGUGCUGGUUCGCAGGACCCCUGAGCACGGCUCGCCGGAGCCCAACUCAGCAGCAGCCACAACAGAGGGUGCUGAGGGUCUAAAUGGAGGAGAGGAGUCUUUAAACAUGAACGAUGCAGAUGAAGGAUUUUCAUCAGGGGCUUCGCUCAGCAGCCAACCACAUGGGACCAAACCAUCCUCCUCUUCUCAGAGGGGAAGCUUGCGGAAAGUAGCAACUGGGCGUUCCGCUAAAGAUAAAGAAACAGCGUCUGCCACCAAAUCCAGUGAGAGCCCUCGUGACUCAGUAGUUCGCAAGCAGUGUGUGCAACAACCAGCCGAUCUCAGCAUAGAUUCAGUGGAGCUGACGCCGAUGAAGAAACACCUGAGCCUGCCUGCUGGCCAGGUGGUGCCAAAAACCAAUAGUUUAAGUCUAAUUCGGACAGCCAGUGCUUCCUCAAGUAAAUCAUUUGACUAUGUAAAUGGCAGUCAAGCAACUACCAGCAUUGGGGUUGGCACUGAGGGAGUUACUAAUCUAGCAGCUACAAAUGCUAAUCGAUAUUCAACUAUCAGUCUACAAGAAGACCGGCUAGGUCACACUGGUGAAGGUAAAGAGCUCCUCAGCCCAGGAGCCCCCUUAACCAAGCAGUCUCGAUCCCCAAGUUUCAAUAUGCAGCUAAUAUCCCAGGUGUAGUUUUGAUGUCCCCUCAUACUGCUUACAUUUUAAAGUGAACAUUUCAUUGUGCAAGACACUCAUCCCACAUUGUGAAAAAAAAAUGUCAUUGUAAUCAGAUCUGACUUAGCUUAGGCAUCUUCAUACUGUGUUUUGUAUGGAAACAGCAAUAAGGUUUUCUUUUCCCUUCUUUAACCUCUCACCUACUCCUUGUAAAGGUGUUUGUGAAGCAGUGUAAAAUGUUUGCCUUUCCCAUGCCUUCCUUUCUCCUUGGGUGAUGUGCAAUCCAUCGUAGGCUGAUCGGUCCCAUUUCAACACUGUGAGACUGAGAGUAUGUUAGAGGAAAUGGUGUAUGUGAUCCCUAUGAAGUGAUUUUUUGGCUUUUGUUUAAAGACAAAACGGGUUUGUUCACAUAAUCUAUGGAACUAUGAAGAUAACUGGAUCGUAUUUUUUUUUUCUCUCUGAACCAGGAGUGCCUCAGAGAUUCUGCUAUGACUUUGGACUUCUCUGAGUCUGUGCAAUUUUAUAUUUUUGAGACGCAUGGGGGAAGGUGGUAGACUACUGCAAUUUUUCAUUAAAACGAGGCUAACUGCCCCCCCAUCCCAAGGACAUAAAUGUGUAAUUAUUGAGGCAUUUAAAUCAGCUUGUGACCACCUCCAUUGGAGGGCGAGGCUCUGAGUUGAUUGUGUAAUUGAUAAUGCACUUUCUCAAUGGCUCUCUAGUCAUUAACAACAUGUCUUCCCUCUUCCCACAAGGACUUAAGGACAUUUCUGCCCUUAAAGUUUGAACUAACGAAUCUGAGACUCCAAGGGGCAUGUUCUAUUUCCUAGGAAUGAUUGACGCUAUGGUGCUGGGGUUUUGUGGGGGGAAGGGUGUUCUUUGUUUAGUUUGUGUGAGAUUGUAUAUGAGGUGAAGUUAUAAUUGUUUUUUUUUUUUCCUUUCCUUUGUGAGUUGAUGAUGACUGAAGUAAAAACUGUACAUCUUCAGGUAAAGAGAGGGAUUUCUCAAUCCACUUUCUGUGAUGUCAGACUAUUGGAGAAACCCUUUCAGCUGCUUCUUAGAUGUACCUAAAUUCAGUCAGAUAUUGGAUAAAGAAACCUAAAGUCCUGAGACCAUGUACUCCAAGGAAACACAUCAGGGAUAGAUAAUUGGUUGAAAACACUGAUGUUUCAAUGUGACACAUUUUUAUAGAACAUUUCUACCAGAAGGUACUGACUUGAUUUCUCCACAAGGACCACACUGCCUUUGUGUUUAAUGCAAUUUGUGUAUCUUCUGAUUAUCUGCAAAGCUUCUCGUUUUUAUAAAACUUUGAAAUCCUGCCAGUAAGCUAGAUGUUGAAUGUAAGCAGCAAUUGGUGACCCUUAAGUGGUUCCAAAAAUACAUUAUUAGUUUAACCUUUUGUGUUGUGAUCUGGUUAGAAAGACUUUUUAUAAUCUCUUCUGGGUCUCAGGCUUCGUUUGAAAAAGAAGGGAAUAUAUUGGGAUUUUGAAAAUCAGUAUUGUGAUUUCAACUGCUAUGAAUUAUCCAUCUCAAAAACCUGAGUUACACAUGCCCUCAUACAUGUAGACAUUUAUGUGUUAUUGUGAAAGAAAAUUGCACUGCCGUUAUAGAAAGCAUAGAAAGUCAUAAUUGACAAGGUUGUUUUAACUCUAUUUACAGUAGAAUUUGAUAAAUAACCAGGAAAAUGCCUCUCAUUUUUUCCACACAUAAACCACCACUUUUGGAAGAGUUGUCUGUUUGUCUGUCUGU